CAUGACCACGGAUGGGCUCUGGACAGCCUGAGCUGGUGGGGGCACCCAGCCCAUGGCAGGGACUGGGGAUGGAUGGGCUCCAACCGAAGCCAUUCUGUGACAGGAACCUCCAGCCUGGCCAAACUGAACUUGAACGCUUUGAGGAGCCAACUUGUUUACUGUAAAUCGUGCGCUGCUGUAGUUUACAGCCCCGCAGUGAGGGCGGAGGAGUCAAUACGUUCAGUGCUGGCACCCACACAGCCAGGCUGCAGUCUCGUGUGUCAGCCUGCAGCAACAGAACGGUGACAGCGAUGCGCUGGGAGCAUCUGGCACAGCAACCCGAUUUCCUCAAUAAACCCCACACAUCCCGCAGCGCUGCCCCUCGACGUACAGCCCCAACAGGACCGCCCUCGGGGCGGCGCAGCACGGAGCAGCCCGGUUCCGCCCCCUAAGAGGCGGGGAAGCUCCCAUCGGUCGCUUUGCGUUCCCGGCUCCGCUUCUCCCUUUACGCCGCUCGGCCGCGGAGCGCUCGGCCCCGCGCAGCGCUGCGGAGGUGGCGGCGGGCGAGAGCUGAGAUUGAGACUGCAGUUAUGGAACAGAGAACCAGAAAAUGACAGAAAAAUGUUAGAUGCUCUCUUCUAGGACACAGUCAUGUUGGAAGGGUUGGUAGCCUGGGUCCUCAACACCUAUUUGGGCAAAUAUGUCAAUAACCUGAACACAGAUCAGCUCUCCGUUGCUCUUCUAAAAGGUGCUGUUGAACUAGAAAACUUACCACUAAAGAAGGAUGCCUUGAAGGAACUAGAGCUGCCAUUUGAAGUAAAAGCAGGUUUCAUUGGCAAAAUAACUCUGCAGAUACCUUUUUAUCGCCCACAUGUGGAUCCAUGGGUAAUAUCUGUCUCAAAACUGCACCUAAUUGGUGCACCAGAAAAAAAGGAAGAUUUUGAUGAGGAAAAGGAGAAGUUGCAAGAAAGAGAACAUAAGAAAGCCCUCCUUGUAGCACUUGAAGAAAAAUGGAAGAAAGAACGACAGCAGAAAGGGGAAUCUUACUGGUACUCAGUUACUGCAUCGGUAGUCACCAGAAUCGUAGAAAACAUUGAAUUAAAAAUUCAGGAUGUCCACCUGAGGUUUGAAGAUGAUGUCACCAAUCCGUUGCAGCCUUUUGCAUUUGGCAUAUGCAUCAAAAAUGUCUCCAUGCAAAAUGCAGCGUUUGAACCAGUAGAGAAACUGAUGCGGAAAAAGCAGUUAGAUGUUGCUGACUUCAGUAUUUAUUGGGAUACAGAUUGCACUUUAUUGGGUGACCUGCCUCCUGCUCAGCUACAGGAAGCCAUGGAUAAAAGUAUGGAAAGCCAUGAUCAUAAUUACAUUAUGGAACCUGUAUGCACUUCUGCUCUUCUGAAGAGGAAUUGUUCAAAGGAGCCUUUAAGGUCUCGCCAGACUCCACGACUCGAGUGUGACAUUGUGCUUGAGACCAUACCCCUGAAGCUGUCCCAGAUGCAGUAUCAGCAGAUCAUGGCAUUUCUAAAGGAACUGGCUAGAAAGGAACGGCAGCUUAAAUUCAGAAAGUGGAGACCAAAGGUUACAGUAACAGAAAACUGCCGAGAGUGGUGGAUCUUUGCUUUGAAUGCCAACCUUUCGGAGAUCAGGGAGCAGAGGCAGCGUUCCACAUGGGAGUUUGUGUUACAUCGGGCCCAGGAUGCAGUAUCUUAUACUGACUUGUAUUAUUGCAAGUUGAAGGGGGAGCUGCUCACUGCUGCAGAGCAGGCAGAAAUGCAUCGCAUUGAGGAUGAGCAAACUUAUGAAGAAUUGAAGAUCCUCUGUGAGAUAGUUCAUGAUAAAUUUCAUGACAUAGCUGAGAGCAUUAAAGAACCAUUGCCUGAUUCUCCUGGAGCUUCUCCUUCAGCAGAAUCUGCACAUGGCAGUAGCACUGGGAUGCUGCAGUACCUUCAGUCUUGGUUUCCUGGUUGGGGAGGUUGGUAUGGAUACACGCAACAGCCAUAUGAAGGUGAACCUUUUGAAGGGCUUUUGCCAGACCCACAGGAGCAGUGGAAUCCAGAAGACAUACUAGGUGCAGAUGAUUUUUUUGAUCCUGCUGCAGAUGCCUCCAGCAUGAAUACAUUCACAAAAAGGGAUCAUGUAUUUGCUAAGCUAAAUCUGCAGUUGCAAGGUGGCUCUUUCACUCUGUUGCAUAAGGAGAAGAAAGUGGCGCGUGGUGAGGAGAGUGCUUUUAUGCAGCUGGAGUUUUCAGGUGUGAAGAUCUUAGCAGAAUCCCUUCCUCGCAGAAAUUCUUCCCUUCUAAAAGUUCAGCUUGGUGGUCUUUUCCUGAGGGAUUUGGCAACAGAAGGGACCAUAUUCCCUGUCCUUGUUUUCCCUAAUCCUCAAAAAGAGGUUGGCUGCGUAUCUUCCUUUGGGCUCCAGAAUUUGUCAUCUGAAAUGACGAACCAAAACACUGAUCCCGAUGCCCCAGUGUUUGAGAUGCUCUAUGAAAGAAAUCCUAUCCACAGCAAUUUUGAGAGGCGCCUGGAAGUCAGCACCAGACCCCUAAAUAUUAUUUACAAUCCCCAAGCCAUUAAGAAAGUAGCCGACUUCUUCUACAAGGGAAGGGUUCAUACCUCAGGUUUUGGAUAUCAGUCUGAGUUAGAGGCCAGAGUGGCUGAAGCUGCCAGAAGACAGUACAACAAGCUGAAAAUGCAGACGAAAGCUGAAAUCAGGCAAACUAUUGAUCGUUUGCUAGUAGGAGACUUCAUUGAAAACAGCAAGAGCUGGACAGUGUGCCUUGAUAUUUCUGCCCCUCAGGUGAUCUUUCCUGAUGAUUUCAAAUUUGUGGAUCCAGUGUUAGUUGUUAUAGAUCUGGGAAGAAUAUUGCUUACCAAUUCUCAAGAAGAAUCUAAAAGGAAUGUGGAUGCUUUUUCACCAGAAUUCAAUGAGUUAAGUGAUGAGGAAUAUAAAACACCUCUUGCAACUCCUCCCAAUACUCCACCACCUGAAACCAACACUAACAGUGGAAUCAAACUCUCUGAAUUUACUGGAGUAGAAAUAAGUGAAGAGCAGUUACAAGCACACUUAAUGAGUAAGAAAAUGUAUGAGAGAUACACGCUUUCAUUUCUGGAUCUUCAGAUCAUGGUGGGCCGAGUGAAAGACAACUGGAAACACGUUCAGGAUAGUGAUGUGGGUCCAACACAUGUGGUAGAAAAAUUCAAUGUUCACCUGCAGUUGGAGCGCAGAUUGAUAUACACAUCUGACCCCAAAUACCCAGGAGCUGUCCUGUCUGGCAGUCUACCGGACUUGAAAAUUCAUAUCAAUGAAGAUAAAAUAUUGGCUUUGAAGAACUGUUGCACACAGCUGAGUGCAUCUGAAACAAAGUCAUCAGAUGGCCUAAAUUUAGGGAAAGAUAAGAUUUUUUCAGAGGUAGACCAGCUUGGCACUUUGCAUGAUUCUGUAAUGAAUCUAACGCAGAGUGUUGUGAUGCUCGAGCAGCAUACCAGGGAAGUUCUUGUUGAAUCUCAACUGCUACUGGCUGAGUUCAAAGUAAACUGUAUGCAGCUGGGAGUUGAAAGUAAUGGACGGUAUAUCUCUGUACUGAAGGUUUUUGGCACCAAUGCCCAUUUUGUGAAAAGGCCUUACGAUGCAGAAGUGUCUCUAACUGUUCAUGGACUGUUACUUGUCGAUACUAUGCAAACAUAUGGAACAGACUUUGAUCUUUUGAUGGCUUCUCAUAAGAAUCUGAGUUUUGAUGUACCAACAGGAAGUCUCAGAGACAGCAGGGCUCAGUCACCAGUUUACGGACCGUGUGAUGCACAUCCCAUUGAUGCAUCCAGUCUGACAGAGAGAUGUGCUGCUGCAUCAAAUACUUCAUCUGGCAACAAUGGGAAAGAUCAAGAGUCUUUGAUAAAAUUAGAGUAUCAGUUUGUGAGUGCAGAAUGCCCGUCAAUGAAUUUGGAUAGCAGCCUGCAGGUGAUCUCUGUACAGGUGAACAACCUGGAUAUCAUCCUCAAUCCAGAGACAAUUGUUGAACUGAUUGGGUUUCUCCAGAAAUCUUUCCCAAAAGAGAAAGAAGAUUCCAGUCCUCAACCUUUAAUGGACGACACGGAAAGAGAUUGGAGGGAACAGGAAACCUUUCAGUCUACUUAUGUACAGAAUACAGAGGUAGCAGUUGAUAUUCACUGGUUGAAUAUCCUCCUCCUCAGGACAGUUGGAAUGACAAAUGGAGAAAAAUAUGGCAGAAAAAUUGCAACAGCCAGUAUUGGUGGUACCAAAGUCAAUGUUUCCAUGUGUAGUAAAUUGGAUGUGAAUGGCUCUCUUGGAUGUCUUCACCUGACUGAUUUAACACAAGACAGUGUUAAGAACCAGUAUGUUGUCAGCAUAGGGAAUACAGGAAGGUAUGAAAAUCUCAUUGGUGAUGUAGAUUACUUUGAAUCUUUAUUCUUUAGACUCGAUGAUGAAAGUAGCCUUCCAGAUGCGUUAAGUUUCACUCUGACCGAAAAGUCAAAAGAGGAAUGCUCUCUCAAUCUCAGAAUGGCCUCCUUACACUACAACCACUCUGCUAAAUUUCUGAAGGAACUGACUUUGUCAAUGGAUGAAUUGGAAGAGAAUUUCCGCAGCAUGCUGAAAAGUGCAGCUUCAAAAGUUACUACAGUCUUGGCAACUAAAACUGCUGAAUACAGUGAAAUGGUUUCUUUGUUUGAUACGACGCCAAGAUCAAGAGAUGUUGCCAACUUGGAAGAUCAUGAUGGCUAUGCAUUUGGGUCACCACCUCUCAAAAGCGAUACUAUUAAGCUUAUAUUGAACAUCAACAUUGAAUCACCAAUUGUCUCAAUACCUCGAAAGCCUGGUAGCCCUGAGCUGCUUGUAGGUCACCUAGGACAAAUAUCUAUUCAGAAUUUUGUACCAGGAGAAGAUGAGUCUACAAGUGAUAGACUGCAAGUUGAAAUAAAAGAUAUUAAAAUGUAUUCUUUAAAUACCAGUCAGUUUAUGAGCAAGAAGGAGUCUGCAAGUGAAGUAUCUCAAGGUCUUCAUUCUUCAGGUCCUGCCAGUAUUAAUAGCCAGGAGGAAUCCCAAUUUACUCGUCAUGACUUCUUUGAAUCAUUACAUAAAGGCCAUGCUUUCCACAUCCUGAAUAACACCACCAUCCAGUUUAAAUUAGAAAAGAUACCACUAGGGAGAGAUUUAGAUAUAACAUUCCCACUGAGUAAUGAAGACUUUGGAAUAUCAAGCAUCAUGAAAAUUGAAGGGAAAUUUGUGAACCCUCUUCAGGUUGUGUUAGCAAAACAUGUGUAUGAACAGGUCCUGCAAACUCUGGAUAAUUUAAUUUACAAUGAAGACUUGAACAAAUUUCCAGCUGUUACUGCAUCUUCGACUUGUCACAGUUCUCCAUCAGCAUCAGCUCUUAGUACAGGCACAGAAUUCUCAAGUGAGCGGAAGGAAAAUGGCUUAUUCAGCCACUCCAGUUUUAAUUCUGUUCCAAACAAGUCAUUGGCUAUCAGAGAAACAAAGUCUUUCACUCAGAUUCAAGCAAACUUCCACAUCUCUGAGCUCCAGGUUCAGUUAAGUGGCGAUCUUACACUCGGUGCACAAGGCCUUGUCAGCCUUAAGUUUCAGGAUUUUGAUGUUGAGUUUACUAAAGAUCAUCCUCAGACUUUGUCUAUUCAGAUUGCCUUGCGUUCACUGCUAAUGGAAGAUCUUCUAGAAAAAAAACCAGACUCUGUGUAUAAGAAUCUGAUGGUGUCCCGUGGAGCACCCAAGCCAUCCAGUUUAGCACACAAGGAAUACCUUUCACAGUCAUGUCCCUCAGUAUCCAAUGUUGAAUAUCCAGAUAUGCCACGCUCUCUGCCAUCUCAUAUGGAAGAAGCAUCCAAUGUCUUUCAGCUUUACCAAAGACCAGUUUGUGCCUCACGUAAGAAGCAAAAAGAAGAUGCUGAUUCUGAAUACCCCCUGACUCCACCUCCUUCUCCAACAGCAGAUAGAUCCAAGCUGCCUUGUGGAAAAAGUCACUUUGAUGAUUCAUUAGUUCAUAUCAAUAUAUUUCUAGUGGAUAGGAAACAUCCUGAGUUUUCCUCUCGCUAUAGCAAGAUUAAUCGGAGCAUAGAUGUUGAUUUCAAUUGUCUGGAUGUCUUAAUAACUCUGCAAACCUGGGUAGUGAUACUGGAUUUCUUUGGGAUUGGAUCCACUGCUGAUAACCAUGCGAUGAAGCUGCAACCUGAAGAUACUCAGCACACAUCUAAGUCAGAAGUAAAUACCUCGUCUGUUUCUGCAGCCCAAGAGCCUGUAAACACUAAGCUGGAUUUGAAGGUCCAUUCUUUGUCUUUAGUACUGAACAAGACAACGAGUGAGCUCGCUAAAGCCAGUGUGUCAAAACUUGCAGCUCACUUGGAAGUAAUUGAUGGGGAUUUAGCCCUGCAGGGAAGCAUUGGAGGUCUGUCCUUAAGUGACCUUACAGCUCACGGGGAGUUUUACAGAGAACGUUUCACUACGAGUGGUGAAGAAGCACUCAUUUUUCAAGCUUACAAAUACGGGCGGCCAGAUCCAUUGUUGCAGAGGGAGUGUGAUAUUCGUGUCACUCUCCGGAUGGCAUCUGUUCAGUAUGUACACACCCAACGCUUCCAGGCCGAAGUGAUUUCCUUCAUUCAGCACUUCACUCAGCUUCAGGAUGUCCUGGGCCGGCAGAGAGCAGCAAUUGAAGGACAAACAGUGAGAGAUAAAGCUCAGCGAGCUUCCCGGGUUCUCCUUGAUAUUGAGGCUGGUGCUCCUGUGCUGCUUAUACCUGAAAGCUCAAAAUCCAACAGUCUUAUUGUCGCCAAUCUUGGAAAACUGAAAGUGAAGAACAGAUUUCUGUUUGCGGGUAUGCCAGGUACCUUCUCACUGAAGAACAAGCAGGAUUCCGUUCAGUUUUCAUCUCCUUUGGGAACUCCAAAGCACAGCAUGAAGAAAACCACGAGUACAGAUGAAUCCAAAGUAGUGAUGGAAGGAUUGUUCAUGAAAAAGCCAUCAGGAGGAAAUGUUUCUAGGCUGAAGAGUGAGCUUAAUUCAUUGAGUAAGCCACAAGGACAGCAGUCCAAAUUACCUGUAGUACCAAACCCUGAGAGCCCAGAGGAUCACAUCUGCCUCUUAGACUGCAUUGUGGUUGAUCUGCAGGACAUGGACAUAUUUGCUGCAGAGAGAUACCCGAGAGAGUAUUCCAAGGCUGUGGAAGACACAAGUACAGACUUGAGCUUUCCAUCCUAUUGUGUGAGGCAGACAGGAGGAAGUCUAUUGAAAGAACCUUUCAGGCUGAAGUUGCAAGUAGAGAGAAACUUAGACAAAGAGCUGAGUCAUGCAGUUGCAGACAUAUUGAUACACGGCAGUCUCUCAUCAGUCCAUUGCUCUCUGGAUUUGCCUAAAUACAAACUGAUACGUGGCUUGCUGGAGAACAACCUUGGGGAACCUAUCGAGGAGUUCAUGCGACCUUAUGACCUGCAGGAUCCAAGAAUUCAUACAGUUUUGAGUGGAGAAGUGUAUACUUCUAUGUCUUUCCUCGUUGACAUGGUUAAUGUCAGUCUGGAACUGAUGGAUCCAAAAGGAAAAGAUGAGUGCAGCUCUUUAGCCAGAUUUGAUUUUAAAAAAUCGAAAUUGCUUUUUGAAAGCUCCUCAAACAGAACAAAGUCUGUAAAUUUGGUUUCCCAUUCCAUGAUGGCGUUUGACACGCGUUACGCUGGACAGAAAUCCACAGCAGGCAUGCCCAAUGUGUUCAAUUGCAUCUUCCAGUCAUCAAAGAACACUAGCAGUCCAGGAGCAAUCCAAAUUGAGUUGCAUUACAGGUCUACUAAGGAUUCCUCCAGUUUCACAGUAGUACUGAACAAUCUCCGUGUGUUUUUAAUAUUUGACUGGUUGUUACUGGUUCAUGACUUUCUGUAUACUCCUGGAGAUACCAAAAAGAGGGAAAAUGUCCUUUCUUCCCGGCAACGCACUUACAGCAGUGAAACAAGUGUGGUUCCAAAAGCAGUGAAAAGUGGAGUAGUUACAAAACGUUCAUCACUACAUGUGUCUACAGAAAAACAGCUGGAAGUUAAGGUCAAUGUGACAGGAACUGAAUUUGUGGUUGUUGAAGACAUGUCUUGUUUUGAUACGAAUGCAAUUAUUUUGAAGGGGACCACUGUUCUCACUUACAAGCCCAAGUUGUUGGAUCGUCCUUUCUCUGGUAGUUUGUUUGGCAUUGAGGUAUUUUCAUGCCGGUUAGGGAACGAACAAGAGACUGCACUGUCAAUUAUUGAUCCAGUCCAAAUUCAGGUGGAACUCGUUGGGAACGCUUCCUACCCGAGUGGUUCGGGGCUGUUGGAUGCUUUCAACAGUGAAGAUUUCCCCCCUAUUCUAGAGAUUCAAUUGCAAGCAUUGGAUAUUCGACUGUCCUACAAUGAUGUCCAACUGUUCUUGGCAAUUGCUAAAUCAAUUCCUCAACAGACAAGUGCAGCUAUGCCUGACUCCAGUGCAUCAGUUGCCGAGAGUACUACUAACCCCAGUUCAUCACUGGUGGCUGAGCCUUCUUGCUUGACAAGUGAAAACAGAGAGAUACCCAAGCGUGUGUUGGAUCCUGUUCUUGAGGUGCAGCUGGCUCGCCUUCAGGACUUGGGAUUCGGAAUGGGAGACUGCCGCAAAGCUCUUCUGUGCUCCCAAGGUGAUUUGAAAAAAGCAGCAAGUUGGCUGUUUAAGAAUGCUGAACCUUUGAAAUCACUUUCCCUGACUUCAUCUGGUCGAGACAAUCAAGGGAUUGUGCCUUUUCAGUUCAUCUCUGGGGUGGAAAUCAAGGCAGAAAGUAUAUGCAUCUGCUUUAUUGAUGACUGCAUGGACUGUGAUGUUCCCCUUGCUGAGCUAACGUUCUCACGUUUGAAUUUUCUCCAGCAUUUGAGGGCCAAUCCUGAAGGCUGUGCUCAUUUUACCCUCUCUGGGGAUUAUUAUAACCGUGAGCUUUCAGGCUGGGAGCCAUUUAUUGAGCCAUGGCCAUGCUCAGUUUCUUGGCAGCAGCAUGCUUCAAGCCGCCUCCACCCUUCCAGAUUGAAGCUGGAAGUAAAGGCCAAACACCGUUUGGAUGUCAACAUUACCUCUGUCUUCUUAGAACAGUAUGCAAGCACCAAGCAGUCAUGGAUGGAAGAUUACUGUAAACAGGACAAAGAAGUAAAUGCAAUCAGUUCUGAAGAGUGGAUGGGCUCUUCAGAGGAUUCACCAUGUUUUGGACAGAGCCUUCCUCUUGUCUACCUUAGAACUAGGAGUACAGCCAGUUUGACUAACCUAGAGCAUCAGAUCUAUGCUAGAGCUGAAAUGAAGACCCCAAAACGCAGACAGCCAUUUGUGCCCUUUGCUCUGAGAAACCAUACUGGAUGCACUCUGUGGUUUGCUACCCUAACUACAACACCUACCCGGGCUGCACUGUCUCACAGUGGGAGUCCAGGAGUUGUUCCUGAGGAAAAUGGAACGUUGCUGGAUGAUGCCCAUAAUGUCAGUGAGUGGAAAGAAGUUAUCACAGGGGAAGAAGUUCCAUUUGAGUUUGAAGCCAGAGGGAAACUCAGACACAGGCACACGCAUGAUCUGAGGAUUCAUCAGCUGCAAGUGAGAGUGAAUGGCUGGGAAGAAGUCAGCCCAGUGUCUGUAGACAAAGUUGGAACCUUUUUCCGAUAUGCUGCACCAGACAAGAAUUCCUCCUCUUCCACUCUUGGAAGCCCAAUAAGUAGAACAAACAUAAUACAUCCACAAGUUUAUUUUUCUUCAUUACCUCCUGUGCGUGUGGUAUUUGAAGUAACCAUGGAAGGCAGUGCUCGGAAGGUGAUCACCGUGCGCUCAGCCUUGAUUGUGAAGAACAAGCUGGAAACACCCAUGGAGCUAAGGCUGGAUAGUCCUUCUGCUCCUGACAAACCUGUAGUUCUUCCAGCAGUUAUGCCAGGUGAUGCCUUUGCUAUUCCACUGCACCUGACAUCUUGGCGUUUACAAGCCAGGCCAAAGGGACUGGGAGUCUUCUUCUGUAAGGCUCCAAUUCAUUGGACUAAUGUUCAGAAGACAGCAGAAGUUUGUAGCAGCAAACGGGAGUGCCAUUCCAUGGAGUCUGAGAACAGCCGCUUUUUCAGAUUUUGUGUGGCGAUCAAGAAAGAGAACUACCCUGAUUACAUGCCCUCCAGCAUAUUUUCUGACAGUGCUAAACAGAUUUUCAGGCAGCCUGGCCAUACUAUUUAUCUUUUGCCAACAGUGGUGGUCUGUAACUUGCUGCCUUGUGAACUUGAGUUUUAUGUUAAAGGGAUGCCAAUCAGUGGCACACUGAAACCCGGCAAGGAGGUGGCAUUGCACACAGCUGAUACAUCUCAGAACAUCGAGCUUGGAGUACUGCUAGAAAACUUCCCAAUCUGCAAAGAGCUGUUGAUUCCUCCUGGGACACAAAACUAUAUGGUGAGGAUGCGAUUGUAUGAUGUCAACAAACGCCAGCUGAAUUUGACCAUAAGGAUUGUGUGUCGUGCAGAAGGUUCUCUGAAGAUUCUCAUUUCAGCCCCGUAUUGGUUAAUCAAUAAAACAGGAUUGCCACUCAUCUUCAGACAAGAUAAUGCCAAAACAGAUGCAGCUGGGCAGUUUGAAGAGCAUGAACUUGCUAGAAGCCUCAGCCCACUUCUCUUCUGUUACGCUGAUAAAGAACAGCCCAACUUCUGUACGAUGCGGGUUGGGAAAGGCAUCCAUCCUGAAGGCAUGCCAGGCUGGUGCCAGGGCUUUUCCUUGGACGGCGGUAGCGGUGUCAGAGCCCUCAAGGUGAUCCAGCAUGGAAACCGACCAGGCCUCAUUUACAACAUUGGUAUUGAUGUUAAGAAGGGCAGAGGGCGUUACAUUGAUACCUGCAUGGUGACAUUUGCCCCCCGUUACCUGCUAGAUAAUAAGUCCAGCUAUAAGCUUGCCUUUGUUCAGAGGGAGUUUGCCAGAGGCCAGGGGACAUCCAACCCUGAUGGCUACAUCUCCACGCUGCCUGGCUCCAGCGUUGUGUUCCACUGGCCACGCAAUGACUAUGAUCAGCUGUUAUGUGUGAGACUGAUGGAUGUCCCAAACUGCAUUUGGUCUGGGGGAUUUGAAGUCAACAAAAAUAACUCGUUCCAUAUUAAUAUGAGGGACACCCUGGGAAAAUGCUACUUCUUAAGGGUAGAAAUUACUCUUCAGGGAGCCACGUACCACGUUGCAUUCAGUGACACAGAUCAGCUGCCACCACCUUUUCGCAUAGACAAUUUUUCCAAGGUCCCAAUUGUUUUUAAUCAGCACGGUGUUGUCGAGCCAAGGCUGUACACUGAGGUGAAGCCCAUGACCUCCCUGGAUUAUGCAUGGGAUGAACCCAUCCUACAACCAUUUGUCAUGCUGACAGUUAAGGGAGCAGGGUCCUCAGAGAUUGUCUGCAGCAUGAAUGACUUCCAAGACAGCAAACAGCUUUAUUAUGAAAACUUCAUUUAUAUUGCUGCUACCUAUACUUUCUCAGGUUUACAGGAGACAAGUGUAAGACCCGUUGCUUCAAACAGGGAUGCUGCAUAUGCAGAGCUUGUCCUUGAUGUUUCUCCAAAGACACAACGAGUUAUCCUGAAAAAAAAGGAGCCAGGAAAACGAUCCCAGCUUUGGAGGAUGACUGGCACAGGAAUGCUUUGCCACGAAGGCUCCUCUGUUCCUCAUAACCCUCAUAAACCUUCUCCUCGGUCUGUGGAGUCUUGUAUGAUUUUAGAUAUUGCUGGUCUGGCAGCUGUCACAGAUAACAGAUAUGAGCCCCUUAUGUUGAGGAAGCCUGAUCGGCGGCGCAGCACCACCCAGACGUGGAGUUUUCGUGAUGGGAAGUUGACCUGUGGUAUUCAUGGACUGGUUGUCCAGGCAAAGGGAGGAAUAUUAGGUCUCCAUGAUGGAGCAGAAGUUGUUCUUGGUCCGGACACUUCCAUUGAGCUUUUGGGGUCAGUUCCACCAGAACAGCAGUUCAUAAACCAGAAGAUGAGGCCGGGCUCAGGAGUGCUGGCUGUUCGAGUCAUCCCAGAUGGGCCAACUCGAGUUCUGCAGAUAACAGAUUUUAACCAGCGCAGAAAUGAUCGUUUAUCCAGUGGAGGAGAUGAAUUCCCAAUUACAGAGCAAGAUCUACGCAAAUUAAAAAAUCCAAAUGUGGAGCAAGAAUUAGAAGUGCUUGUGAAACUGGAAGGUGGAAUAGGAUUGUCAUUAGUCAACAAAGUCCCCGAAGAGCUAAUAUUUGCAAGCCUCACAAGAAUUAAUGUUCACUACACACAGAUGUCAACGAGUCAGGUGCUAGAGCUCAGCGUGCAGGAUGUGCAGGUGGACAACCAGCUCAUUGGCACCACGCAGCCUUUUAUGCUCUUCCUGACACCUCGGAUGAGUGAAAACGAGCCCAUGGAGACUGCUCCUGCAGUGCAAGUGAAUGCCAUGAAAUUUCCCAGUAAGAAUGCACUGACUGAUAUAUACAAGCAUCUGAUGAUCACUGCUCGAAAGUUCACCGUUCAAAUUGAGGAGAAGUUGCUCCUGAAGCUGUUGAGUUUCUUUGGCUAUGCUCAAUCUGAAUCAGAAGUUGAAAAGUAUGACGAAAACCUCCAUGAGAAGGUGGUUGAAAAAGGUGGAGGGCAAAAGCGAUACUACUUUGAAAAUCUAAAAAUCAGUGUGCCUCAAAUCAAGUUGAGUGUCUUCACUUCCAACAAGCUACCUUUGGAUCUCAAGGCAUUGAAAAGCACGCUGGGAUUUCCUCUAAUCCGAUUUGAAGAUGCUGUGAUUAAUCUGGAUCCUUUCACUAGGGUCCAUCCAUAUGAAACUCAGGAAUUUAUCAUUAAUGACAUUCUGAAACACUUCCAAGAGGAGCUGCUUAGUCAGGCAGCAAGGAUUCUAGGUUCUGUGGAUUUCCUGGGCAACCCUAUGGGUCUACUGAAUGAUGUUUCAGAAGGCGUUACUGGACUUAUAAAGUAUGGCAAUGUUGGUGGUCUCAUAAGAAAUGUCACACAUGGAGUAUCCAAUUCAGCUGCAAAGUUUGCUGGGACCUUGUCAGAUGGCUUGGGAAAGACAAUGGACAACAGACAUCAAACCGAGCGCGAAUACAUCCGCUAUCACGCUGCAACGAGUGGAGAGCACCUUGUUGCAGGCAUCCAUGGCCUUGCACAUGGUAUCAUUGGAGGUCUGACAAGCGUCAUCACUUCAACAGUAGAAGGUGUGAAGACUGAAGGAGGUGUCAGUGGUUUCAUAUCAGGUCUUGGGAAGGGUCUGGUUGGCACAGUAACCAAACCUGUUGCUGGAGCUCUGGAUUUUGCAUCAGAAACUGCACAGGCAGUGAGGGACACCGCGACUCUGAGCGGCCCCAGGGGUAUAAAAAAGAACAACAAAGGAUUUGGACGUUCCUUGGGUUGCUGUGUACCAAAUAUCCCCCUGCUGCAUUUGUUAACUGUUCAAAUAUGUGCAGUUUGGAAUCAAAAUAGAACAGUGUUCCAAACUCAGGAUGCUGGCUCCUGUUGAAUUUUCUGUUUUAAGUGUGUGCUGGGCCAUGCAGACUCCUCCAAGCUAAGUGCACCAAACAUCCAACUGCUGAAAAUGAGUUUGUGGCAGUAACUGAUCUCAAAAGUAUUCUGAACAAGUAGGAAUGAUGAGCAUUUUAGGAACUGUCCUGAACUUAUCAUGAGGCUGACAGCUAAGGUGUAAGUUUCAGGUAUUGGUGCAGAAAGUGUUAGCAGUUAAUUACAGCUCUACUGAAAUAGCAUGGGAAGUAACUGUAAAUUAAAGGCCCUUGCAGUUCUCUUUAUCUUACGGGUCAAUUUCUUCAUUAUUUCUUUAUUAAAUUAAAAAAAAAAAAGAGCCCUGAAAUGAUGCUGCUUGGCUUCAAAUUUUACUGAAUUUGAGUUGGAGAGCAAUGGGGAAGACUCUGUGGCUUGUGUUACUCGGUGAUUGUGCUCCUUGGACAGAAAUCUCUGUUGGUUUCAGAUGUAUUGAUUUGUACUGGGAUUCAUGCAGCUAGCAAAACCUCUGUGUUUGCAGUGUGGAGCCAAGCUCAGUCCUGCUGAGACACAGACGAUGGCUUUAUAGCUUACUGUGGUAGUUUAAAAUGUGAUGUGUUUAAAGGGCAAGCAGAUAUUUUCAAGUCUAACUAUAGGCUGGACGUUUUCAAGGCUAAUCUUAAGUGUUACUGUAUUGUAUUCGUAAUUUAUGAAUAAAGCUGCCUUAAUAUUUUUAAAUUUUAAUGCCGGGGAUAAAAGAAAACAGUUGUUGGCAACGCCGUAUCCAUCUAAUUUAUAAACAGUUAAUGUUGUGACUUUAUACCUUUCUGGGGGGGUUUAUGCGUUCCAAGCACUGCAGUGUCACAUACAAGAGUUCUGAUUAUUUCCAUACUUGUCAUACAUUGCCAGAAGUCUUAAAGGCCAGCUCAGAACAGGAAAGCUGUUGUAUCUCUAGAUGUGCUUGGAAGGCUCUCCUAGAGACCUGUGUUAACUCCUAGCACAGCCCAGGUUCAGGGGGUGGAUUCAGAUGUGCGUCCAAUUGAUGAGCAGCACACAGAACUGCUGCUGCAGUGCUGUCAGGAUUCUGCCAGGUCAGGGCACAUCUUGAACCUUGUUUUGUCACUGCUGAGCUGCUGCUGGGAGGGCUCACGUCCUUAUCGGAUUGGCAGAAGUAAGGGGGCGACUUCCUGGCCUGCUCAAUUCUCAUAAUGCUGUCAGCGAGCCAGUUGUAUUAGUUAAAAAUAGAGGCUGCCGUGCCAUUAAGGGACCUAGAAAAUUCUUCUGGAGGUAGUUGUUUCUUCUAAAUGCAUCUGGAAGGAAGCAUCCUGCACUGGUUUUUCUUUGUUCACCACCUUUCAUGUUAUCGCUCAGAAAUACAUGAUGAGCUUGCAAAGAUUGAGACAAUGCCAGCAGCAGGUAAUUUAUUAUUAAUUGGUUGAUAUGCUUAUUUUCCACUCUGUGCAUCCAUCUCACUGUCAGCUACAACUCUCACUGUAGAUCUAAAAGCAUUACACUCAAGGGCAUGAGAAUACCUUGAAAAGGGGAAAUAGAAAAUGUGUAAAUAAUUGUCUGGAAGGUCGUCCUGGCUGAUUCAUUCUCAGCGUUUUGCAUUUUGAUGACAGGCAUUGCUUGAACCUUAACACCUCUGUGCUUGUCCCCACAUCCCUCCUUCCCUUGUGCUCCAUUGAGACCUGACUCAGAGUCUUCAGAGCUCUGCCAUUUAUGGGCCAGGGCUGUGAUGCAGUUGGCACUGCUGUCCUACUGGGAACCCUUCACAAGGUGUCCAUACACAGCUGAGGUUACACGUACAGCCAGCAGUCACUGUGUUGGGUAAAUCUGGAAAUGGCUCAUACGUUCCGCUUGAGCUGAUUUAUCAGUCAGAUCUGUAAAUAAUUUCAGCACUGUGAUUUCCUUCAUAUCCUCUUUCCUCUCUUUUUCUCAUAGGUACAUAAUAGGCCUUUAUUAUGAACUGUUUUCUCAAAUGAAUUGCUUUGUUGGGUUUUUUCUUCUUUUUUCAGCAUUUGUCCCUUUUUCUCCCAUGGCACCACGUUAAAUCCCUGUAGCCAUUUGCUUUUCUUCCAUGUUAGCUCUGCCUUCUUCCAUCAUUAGUCACCAUGGUACUUCUUUGUCUAGCUUCAAGCUUUUAUUAUCUCCCUGUCCAGGUUCUUCCAUUGCUGUUGUUGAGCUACUCUGCAGUCCCACAGUCUGUAUGUUCCCACCCACACUGUGUGCAGAGGGACUGCCAUAUCCCUGUUCUGUGAUGAGCUGUGCUCUGCAAGUCAUCCAAAACCACGCUGGCUGCUUGGACUGCCAUAUCACAUUGCAAAUUGAUGUCCAGUUCUCUGCGUGCUGUUUUCCCCCAAGAGUUUUUUGUUUUGUUUCACUGCAUUGCAAGUAUCUCCUUGUCAUUUAAUAUUUGUGUUCUGGGUUAUUUUUCCCUAGAUGAACCGGGCUGCAGUUUUGUAGGUCGAGUCCAUUUCAUUUCCUGCCAUAUUUCUGACCUCUUCAGGUUCUUCAGUGUUUCACUGUCCUCACUGGAGUUUUAAACAUCUUGUAGCUUGUCCUCUGUAAAUAGAAUUUUAUAGGCUGCUUUUACUGGAUCCCUGAAGCUGAAGCUCUGCAUGGUAGACACUUGCUGUUCUAAUCGAUAGUUUUCUGUUACCAGUCUCACCUGCUCAAUAUUCUUCUGUGAGGUUUUAAGUUACCAUUGGUAAUGUCCAGUAGUUCUGCAGGAGCUCCUCUUCAGUUCUUCAGAUGUUUGUUGUGUAAGUGAACAUCGAUUUUCUGGUGGUGUAAAAUGGUUCCUCAGAGCGCAGCCUUUGUGCCUCUUCAGUAUGGAUACUUUUAUUUCCAAACUUCAUUUUUUUCUAAAAAUGCACUUCUCAACUAUUUUUGUUUCUUUAAUAGAGAGUCAACAAUCCGGCACCUAAUCGCUUAAAAUAAUUUCAUCUUAAAUUAGGCUACCCGUAAGGGGGAGCACCAAACCACCCUCUCUUCCUUUUGCCUGUUCCAAGAAUGCUUCUUACCUUGCAGGACCCUUCUGGCCUGAAGUUAUAACAUGGUUUUCUCUUCUGCAUCUUUCUGAAGAAUUACUUUUUUUCUUGCCUUUACUUGGAACUGCUUUCCAAAUGAAUGGCUUGGAUUAGGAAGAAUUGAAUUUGCCUGGAGUGGAAUCCUACAGGAUUGACAGUAUGUUCACCUGUCUGCUUCCUCAUAAAGCUCUAUGGAACAGCCUAGGUGUGUUUGGGGCACCUGGAUGACUCUUGUUUCUGAGUACCUCCAGCCAUGAGAGAUGGGGAUGGUAUUCACUGCUGUCCCAUAUUUCACCACGCUUUUGAAUCUGCAUGCUAGUUCUUAGGAAGUCAGCAGUUAGGGAAUAAAGCUUACUUGUUGAGUAUUAAAACAGUGUAAUUUACAGAGUGAUAAAUAUUUUUUUGGUCACAUUCCAGAGAGGACAGUAGAGAGACCCAGGAAUUUUUGUGUGUGUGAGAAACACACUUGGUGUCACUGCUCUGAAAGGCAAUUAUUUGGGAGCACAGCCUUUGUUUUGCACAGGAAAGCAGAAUUUUAUUGAAGGUUGAAGAAAAUAGCUCUGAUUCACACAGGUGGUUUUUUUUCCUGAUGUUUUUUUAUCCACAUGAUUUAGUAAAAGGUGGGCGAACCUGUAAAACAUUCAGGUUGCUUCAUGUUACUUUGUUGUGGGGUCUGUAACUGUAGAGCUGUCUGUAUCAAAUGUCACUUUGCUUCCAGAACAAUACAUGGUUGGGUUUUGGAAGGCACUUCUUGCUUUGUAGCACCCAGAAGAAGCUGAGAUGAUUCAGAGGAUCCAAACUGUGCAUUAACACAUUUCUCUCGCUUUCCUUUUCAGUGGGAUGAAUGGACAUAAAUUGGUACCAGCUGUCAAACCAAAGCAGAAUGCCUCUAUGCAUUACUGCAAAUGUCUCUAUUGCUGAGUGUUUCCAUGAGGUUAUUGCUAGACAUUACUGGUCAGCGUGUGAAAUGUGUUUGGAAUAUUUCUGAAUUCAGUUGUCUUACCAGUUGGCUGUCUCUGUCCCUUUUUCUUGAACUUGACCCAAUUUAACUAUUCUGGAGGAGUGGGAGAAUAAAAGCAGGGUGUUUGGAUGUAUGGCUGCCACAUAAUGCUUUAUUGGUAUGGGAUAGGUGUGCUUUCUUUCACAUCUGCUGUAUAUGAGUGUUUUUAAGAUGAAAAAGCUAAACAAUUACUGGCUUGCAUUAGGUGUUGUUCAGCUGCAGAUCUGACAUUUUGCAUAUAUUACACAUGAUGGAGCAUGCAAGCUAGACUUGGAGCAGUAACUUGGUCUCAGGUGAGGUCAGUAAAGUUGAAAGCAAACAUCUUACCUGUUUUUAAAUAUGAUUCUUAACACCAGAGGAUUGCAGUUGCUGAGGCUGUUCUUCAGAGCUCCCAGUUGCAUUUCACUUCUGAUUUUUGUGCAGUCUCCAUAUUUGCAGAAUUCUAGAUGCUUUAAAUUCCGGUAGAGAUUGCUAAGCUUUAAUUAAGACUUCCUUCUGUUUAAAGCCUUUUGCUCUGCCAUGACAGAGGGUGUCCCUGCUCUUACAACUGAUUGAAAGACUGCUUUAAAAAACAGAGUGGUCACUGGGUUCAUUCCUAUUCAUGUUCUAAAACCAAUUGUCUAUUUUUUUUACAUAAAUAUUUUCCACAAAGCAUCAAUGUUUAACUGGACAUCUGAGGACAGAAAGGUGCCCCUGGCUGCCUGCAGGCUGUUGGGUAAGGGACAGAGGGGGCAAGGAGCACUGGAAUGGAAUGUUGGGAGGGGAGGGCAGAUGAAUGAAAACAGAAAACAUGAAGUGAAUGGUGCUGGGCAGUUAACAGAGCAGAACAUGUGACAUUAUGUUUUUCUUCAGAUGUCUAUUCGUUAUUAUCAGCAAACAGCUUCAAAAAGUGAAUACUGAGGUCUUACUGUGAUGGUCUCCACAAAACCAGAGUUCUUGCUAGCACCUCAGUGCAUUACAUCUGGGGCAGGAGUGUUUCUAUCACUGGAGUGAAACACAGAGCUUCUGCACCCAACAAAAACCUGUUCCUGGAACUGGGAUCACAACAGGAACCAGAUUUAGCUGAAUUCAUUGAGUACAAUAACUGGUUUUGAAAAGAUAAAAGCUUGUGAGGAAGAAGCCUUGUUGUAUUAGACCAGUCUUGCUCACUUUCAGGUGCAACACUUCUGUGAAGACCUGGGGAAGCUGCUUCUCCUUAGGACGAGCAGACAUUUACAGCAGAUAAAUAUGCUCAGCAGGUGAGGUGACAUCCCAGGUGCUGUCGUGGAGCUGGUGUAGCCCAUCAGAAAGUCCAGCAAUUUCACAGACCUUCUUCUGGAAAGAGCUGAGAAAUCCCUUGCUGGAUUUAGCACAGAUUUACUCCAUGAAUUACACUGCAAGUGGCAGUUAAGAGGCCUGGAUUCACUUCACAAAAUGAAAUUCAUAUACCAUGUGUGUACUUGACAGCGUUUAGCUAUUAAUUUCAUUUCCUUAGGAUUUUAGACUAAUUAGAUACAAACUUAUUUACUGAAAGGAACACAUCUAGACAGGGAGAAAAAAUGCUUUCCUUAGAAACCCUUGUAUUUCUGCAGCCUGUGUGUUCUGCCAAAUUAUUUCAGCAGCUUUUGGACGAGAAGGAGAAAAGUAAAUGGAACACUUUAUUGUGUUGUGUAUUUCCUGUCUUCUGGCAUUUGUGUAGUUUAUAGAUCCUUCCUUAUUCAGGAAGCCCUCUGCUAAAAGGAACUGCUGUUACAGUGUAUUUCUGUAAUAGUUCUUGAUUUAAAACAACUGCCCAGAGCUGCACACUUCACUGGUGUGCAAAGAUGCAAAUUGUGUGCAAAUAAAACCUCGAGUGGAAUUGGGCAGCCUUUGAAAAAACCAAAACAUCGUAUUAAUAUGUUAUUAUCAGCCAAAUCAGCUAAAAAGUCUUCAAAGAACAGGCAAGAAAGUACUCAGAAUUUCCACUUGCAGGUCUACUUGCUUAGAAUUAGGUGAGAUGUUAAAAGCAUAGAAGAACCAGAAAUGAACAAAAGCUUUAUUCAAAACAGACGUGUCUCUUGGAAUGCAUCAGGCCAAAUCAUCAGACUGCAUUCAACCAGUCGGACUCGAUCCCCAGAACUGAAAACAUUUAAUGCACGUUCUGUGGGUUUUUAUAAUGUCUUUUGGCCAUGUUACGAGUAUUUUCAGUUCAUAAAAAUAGUAGAAAAGAUGAAACUGGUGUUAAUGCAAUAGGAAUACAGCAUUUGUUUAUUUACUGGAGCACAAAUGGCAAGAGCUGCUCACCAGUGCAAUGGCUGUAUGAGCUCAUGUCCUGGAAUACCUGCUUGUUGUGCCAGAGGGGUGAAGUCUAGUCCAGCAGGGCUGGGGCAGCUGUCUGGGAAUAGGUUUUACUGGCCUGGUACAGAGGAAGCAAAGCACAGAUGUUUUCAGUACUUUGCAUCUUAUCUUACCCAUCAUCAGUAGGAGUCCCUGUGGCUUCCCAUGGACGUAUUUGCUCCUGGUGCCUGUAUCUGGAAUGCCAUCUUUCAAGUUCUUUCCGUUCACUUUCACUCCUGAGUUUGCCUUGCUAUCACUUCAAAGAUUUCUUUAUGUCGUUCAUCUUUCUGUCCUGUAUCAUAGAAUCACAGAAUCCUUAGAAUUGGAAGGGACCUCUGAAGGCCAUCUAGUCCAGCUCCCCUGCAGUGAGCAGGGACAAGUGUCCUUUAAUUACUGCAGUAAUAAAGCUUUGAGUAGAGAGCAUGUGAGCACUCCACAAGGGGCCUGCUUCUGCUCCGAGACCAGAUACAGAGAUGGAGGAAAUGUCUGCAAGGCACAAAGGGGAAGUCUUGUUUCCUCUCCCUCUGUAUUUCCAGUAGUUUGGUGUGUUAGAAGAGUCACUUCCUGCUAAUUCUUCCCAAGUGCCAAUCCCAUGGCAUCAUCUCUGAGGUUUCUCCAUAAUAUGACAGAUAUGACAACCUGCUGAUGGACUGGCGCUGUCUGCCUGACAAGCUUUGUUUUCAAACUAAAGCUGCAGCACUGCUGUAGAACUGUUUGCAAGCAGCACUUUGAGCCAGGUUAGCUUGGGUUCGUAGUUACGGAGUAAUUACAGGCUUACCUGAAUGCAAACGACCUUGUGCCCAAGGUAUGUGCUGACAUGCUGUUAGCCUGUUUACCUGUUGCUAGACAGGCUUUUUUCCUUUGUCAUUAACGGUGAGGUUUUAUGUUCAGUCCGAGUCCGUACAUGGGGCCCAGGGCCUGCUGGGAUAGGGUUUUACACUUGUGCUGUCCUUUUGCCCUUCCACUGAACUCUUUUCAUUUCAGUCAUGAGCAAACAGUCAGUGCCUGAACUAACAACCCUGCAAUCCUCCAAAGCACGCCUCGCUUACAGUACCAAACAAAGGGAGGCCUGCGUGGGCCGGCCCAAGCCAAGGAAUGCAGCUUCGGGGUUCUGCUCCAUAAAUUUAACCAGCACGACAAAAAGGAGAUAAUAUGAGCCUUCGUGAUGAUCUGAAAGGGGGAGGUUUGUGUCCCAUUGAUUGCGGUCUGGCCUAUUGCCAGGCCCCGAGCCUGACCGACAGUUGAACCAUAUCGUUAAGGCGUGUAAUACAGCUCAAGUCUUGUACAGCAGCCAAUGAGUACAUAUCCAGAGGGCAAAAGUUUAUAAAGAGUUGAGGCUGUCCUGUUUAACCCUCUCACACUGCAUGUAAUAUAUACUGCUGCCAUUCAGAAAUAGUCCCAUUGCUAUUAAAAAUGUAAACCUUCAACUUUCUUUACUUGGAAGAAAUACAUGUGUGUCUGAUUUCUAAUGUGCAGCAGAUUUAUAAAGUGAUCUGAGAAAAAUAUGUAAAACUGAUCCUUCAGAAAAAACCAAUCCAACCCCCCCUUAUUCUUUUUCCACUGCUUUAUCCAUAGUUGGUUACUUUUGUUGAGAUGUCUUCUGGUUGUUAUGCAGAAUCUUUCAUACAGAUGGAGCUAUUUAUUGCCUUGAUGUCACCUCAUUUAGCAUGUGGCUGGUAUUUUUAUAGAUAAUUUUUUCACCUAAUGUUGCUGUUAACAUGUGGAGCGCUCUUUAGCAGUUCUGGAAGUGCAGCCAGUUGAUUUAAAUUGCUUUUGCAACUGUUAGUGCUAAAGAGCCAAACAGACGUCCUGAGGAGUCGUCAUUCAGUGACUGUUGUGCUGGUGGGCUGCAAAGGGCACCACGUAGGGUGUGAAGAGAAGAUGCAGAGGGUGAGCACGGCCCAUUUCACACAGUCCUUCAUGCACAACUGAUAGUUAAUGCUGGGUAGCAGGCAGUGGUUUGCAUUUUGCACUCCAAGUGAAAUGACCACUUCUGCAAUUACUGUAAGUGGGCGUUGCUUGGCCAGCAUGGAUGGUUUGUGAUGGGACCAUUGUAAACAUGAACGUAAUGUCAGCAGACUGGGCUUAGAAGUUUCAGUACUGCACUGUGUCCCAGGGCAGAGUGACAGUGUGGCCCUGAGCUUUUUAAGGCCAAAUUCAGCUCUUCUCAUUCAGAUGGAUACUGGAAAGAAAGCGCUGCAAAGAACCUUAUCUUUCACAUGGAAUCAGAGGGUGAAUGGGAGCAUUUUUCAGCACGUUGGUGAGACAAGAAACUUCAAGGCCAGUAACAUGACUCUGUGGUCAGUGCAGCAAGAGCCUGGGAUAAACUGGAAACUGAGAAGGCAGUGUUUAUUUACAUAUUUUUUUUCAUCUCUUAAUCUUGAUGAUACCAAAGUGCUUGAAGAAGCUUGCUGCAUUAUUAGGUAAGGAAGUACCAAAGGUUGAAUAGUGAAUGAUGUGCUGAGUACUGCAGUUUUUCAGUAUAUAAACACAUGCAGCUCACACAGACCUUGGAUUUCUGAUAGGGAUGUCUUAAGGAUGUGCUGUUUCAGUGAGUACAUCUGCUCCUCUGUUGUUUGCAAGGAAGUGAUUCUUAGCUUUAACUUCUCGCUUCCUUUUGAAGUGGGAGCCUUUAGAGAUUGUAUACAAUCAUAACCCCAGUGAAUAGUACUCAAUUUUGGUUUGAUCUUGUAUACAAAGGAAAGGGGGAGGGGAGAAAAUAGCUCCAUCUCAAAGAGGCUGGCAGGAACCGCCUGCAUGAUAAGCAGUUCCUUCUUCAGCAUGCUGCUCUGUCUGAGAGUAUCCUGAGUCAGAUAAAGGUCCUCUGUAUCUGAGCUCGUAGAUCCAUCCAGAGAGGAGGGAUUUGACUUUAAGUGGGAGGUUUUAACCCGAGGCACCGUUUAUUUGUAUGUUUCUGCCUGAAACAAGCAUUCUGGGAACACGUUUAACGAGUACAAUAUAUUCCAUGCAUUUGCUGGAAUAAACGGUGCAUAUAAGCUUCCUCAGAUAUGCAGUCAGCAGGGAGCUGUCUGGCUCAAGAUUUUACACAUUCUUGCAUCUAACUGAGAUACUCUAAUGCCAAAUCCAAUAUCCAGACUGCACCGUGUGUGCGUUUGUAACACACCUUAAAAACAUCUGUCUGAAUUGGUGAACAAAUUCCAUCACAGCUCGCUGGGUUCAGGUGGCAAAGUCCUCCUCCAAGAAACCAUCUGCCCAUUGGGAACUGCAGCCCCAAAGCCCAGCAAGUGGGCAAUAAUUCUUCGGUCAGGAGGUGCAGCUUUCCCUUCUGCCAUGAAUCUGUGAUGGUCGUAAGGCUGUGUGAAACUGAGCCCAAGUCAUGUAACGUUCGCAUGCUCAGACGCAGAGAACACACUGCUCAGUGAAGGUGGAAGAUGUUCCAGCUUGUCACAGCAGUUCAUCAUUUGAAACAAAGUACAGUUAAGGACAUCACUGAGGAAUUGUGGCAAUGGUGGAUUUUUAGUAUUUUGCAAAACUGUAAUAGGAAAUAUAGGCCUUCCCAGCAAUGGCAUACGUUUGUUUUCAUUUCUUAUCCCGUGGUAUGACUGCGUUGUCUGUGGUUCUGCUGUGAUUGCUGAACUUGGAGGUUAUUUUUCAACUGACUGUGGCACUUCUGAGUGUGCUUACACUGUGUUCUCCUAUUGUGGACUUUGGAGGUGGUUAAGCACUGUCUUCGUCCUGCUUUCUGUGGAAAUACACAUGGAUGAAGGCUGCAGGUGGAAUUCACUCUGAACUCCAACUGUGGCGGGUAUUUUAGCUGGUGUGUAUUUUACAGCAGAAGAUGUAAGACUAUUCUUCUUUUAAUUUACUGGAUUAAGUCUCUUCUGCAUGUCUGAAAUGCACUAAACCCCCACAGACAAAGCACGCACUGUAUUUAUGAAGCAGACUUUUUCCAGAGCCACGUAAGUAACAGGUUUAGUAUUAUUUCUCCAAAAUACCAGCAGCAAUUGAAUUGUUCCAUAGGCUUAUACUGCCUGCCAAUUUUCCUUUGUUUGAACUAAGGUUGCUUUCUAAUUAUUGCAGUGGGGGGAAAUUGUUCCCAGGCUGAAGGUCAGUAUUGCCAAGUUACAGCCCUGAGCAGGCUUCCAGUGAUAGAUUUAAUGCAAACUUGGAAAAGAAAAAAAAAAGCACGCAGGUUUAUGCAAUGGAAACAGUGACAGGAUUUGAGCUAUACCAGAACCAGUGAGUUUAUUGCUCCAAACAGGUUAGAAGGACAAGGCUGUUAGACUGCAGCACCUUUAUGAACACCACGUAUUGAUGAAAAAGCUGGAAGGUUUUGGCAGCAAAAACUGGGUCUAGCUGCAAAAGGAACUUUUACUGGGAAGUGUGGGAGAGGGCUGUGCAUACAGACAGCUCUCAGAGGCUGCCAUGGCUGAUCUCUGCACUGCUGGCUGCCAACCAGGAUUUAGUGCAGGGUUUGGGUGUCAGUCAGUCCAGCAGCUGAAGCUUCUGCAAGAGCCUCUUCCAUUCAGCACUGCUUUCAGAAUGCCAGAGUUAUGUUCCUUGCACUUACAGCUGUUGUUUGUGCUGGGCUUUGGGUGUCCUCGUGCUCUUUUGAUUACAGAUCAAAAUCUGGAUGCAGGUUAUAAGCUCAAGUUGAGCUUCUCAAAUAGGUGAAUAGUUGCCAGUGCUGCUCCUUGACCAGAACAGGAGGUUUGAAAUUCAGAUAAACAUAUUUAAUAAAGUUAUAUUGAUUGCUGUGUUGGUCAUGGGUAAUAACAAGUACUUCAGCAACAAUAACCUCUUCUAUUACGAAAGGUUGAGGGAACAGGGCAUAUUUAGCUUGGAGAACAGAAGGCUUUGGGGAGAUCUCAUUGUGGCCUCCUAGUA